ACCAUUUAGCCAGGUGUACCGGAAUCAAAGCCCCUCCAGGCCUGUUUUUCAUGUCAAAAAUUAGCCACUAUCCUGGGCUAGAAUUUUUGCGGAGAAAUUUCUGCGUGUUUAGUUCGGAAUACCGAGAAAAACUGUAGAUCCAACAGUCUGCACUUCUGUUAAAGUAUCUGAUGUGGCUCGGGCAAGUUCACCACAUGGAUUCGACGCUGAUACCGAAAUAGCUGCUUUGUGGUCAACUGUGUGCAGGGAAGCGGGACGUGAGAAAUUCGAGAUUACGUUACCAGGACUUGAUCAAGGUUUAUUCAGAGAGACACUAUGAGCCCUUCUCGCUAUCGGUAUGCUUUGGGAAUCGAAGUUUUCAAACGUUUCCACUGAGCGAAACCACCAUGAACACACAGCAAAAAUCGUUCUCAGUUCCAUAGGGAGGUUUUACAUUAGAAGCACAGAACUGCACAUUCAAGGUUCUACUCCACUCCCAUGACCAGCACUUCGGCACCGGGCGAUCUCAAUGUCGCAUCUUCAUUGAAGACUGAAAAUCAACACCUUUUAUACGAUACACUUCCACCACAAUCAUGUAAAUCUGAAACAGUCUCUACGGACCAGGCUGAAAUCUCUAAUGAGUUAAAACGCGCAUCUUCAAAACACACUUCCUUUUGGUUUAAUGUUCCAAACACGUUCCCCAAAUCUCCUUUCUCGACUACUACUCAUAAAAAAUCCGGUACGAUCAUCAGUGACACUUCAGCACGAAAUGUGGAAGAACACCCGACACUGUUCCUGCCCUACGCUACAUCUGUGGAUAUCAACAAUGACUCGCCUCUGGAGCCUACCUGGUUCACUGGAUUCUGGCACUGGCUAGUAGUCUUUGGUAGCUUCAUAUGCUUGUUUGUCGUUGAAGGAGUCUGCUUCUCUUACGGCCUCUAUAUGUACGCUAUGAUUGUCGAGAACCAGUUUUCCCGCAACUAUCUUUUGAACGGCGACGCUGAACUGGAAUCCUCGCUGGCCGCUUUGAGUUUCCCUGGAGCCAUUAUGUGUGGAACCAACUUCCUAAUCGGUCCGUUGGCCGGUGCUCUUGUUAACCGAUUCAGUGAUCGCCUAAUCGCCGGCCUGGGUGCCCUGAUUUCUACCGUGUCUAUCCUUCUCAGUGGUCUGUGUGCCCGCGAAUUGCCCUAUUUCACACUACUGUUCGGAUUUUUUGGUGGCGUUGGCUGUGGCCUGAUUUAUCUGCCUGCUAUUACAGUGGUCGGGCAGUGGUUCGAAAGGCGCCGUGCUCUCAUUGUGGGUGUCGCAAUGUGCGGCGGUGGUUUUGGUGCUGGUCUUUUGGCUGUAGCAAUUCGGCCGCUCUGCAAAACGUUCGCUUGGCGCGGGACUCUCGUCAUCACAUCCGCGCUGUUCGCUCAGACUUUGCUUGGAAUUGCUCUAUUUCGUCCGUUCUGCACGCACCAAGCAAUUAUUGCGGCCCAGCGUGAUCACGUGCGCACGAACGUCAUUCGCCAUGAAAGCGAAAACACGAGUCUGGAGACUGACAAGAAAUUAUCUUUUUUCCAAAAACCGUUAAGUCGGCGAAGUGGAUUGAAACGUGGCUCCAUUAUGACGAAGAUAAUUGAGGAGAAAAACCGCCAGCGCACCACUUCCACCGGUAGUCUAGACGGAAUGGUUAUCACUCGCGAAAAUGAGGUCAUCGCUCUUUCGUCCUCAGAAGCGUACGAAUCCGUUGCGGCAGCGGCCGCCGUCUAUGCUGCCUCGCACCCAGUUCAGGACUGUGAGCAUACUGCACCGCUCACAAGCUGUACAGAAAAAGGAAUCGAUGAACCAACAGAAAACAAGAUCCGAUGCACUCACAUUGCCGGCUUUUCUGGUCGCACUGCAUUGCAAACUCUGCAAGAAGAGCCCUGUACUUCCUUCAGCUCCAACCAACAUUCUUGUACGGCCGUUCUUCCUCCACCGGUUCGGUUCAACCGCCACGCUGUGCUCAGGAUCGCAAAAGCAAUCAUCCAUAAACUUCAAACGUCUAAGGUUUUGCCCCAGAAUCUAUCCUCUAUCAUCGAUGCCGGUCGUUCCCGCUGUGUGAUGUCCAACUUUCGACUUAGUGAUGGUGGAAGAAUUGGACCGUAUUCCAACGUAGAGACGUCCCAAAAUCCAGUAUCAGUGAACGAUCAGAAAAGCAGACCACACGACUUAGUAGAAAUCGAAGGACAAGCAUUUCAUAAUCAUAUCUUUGGACGCAUAGCGGGUCUGAACUUUCCUCCACGCUUGAACACAUCCGUUGGCUCUAGAUGUCCACCGUACAACAUGCCAUCGGAAGCGUUGUCAUCUCCUCGUCUGAGCGGUGUGGAUUCCCCUCCUACGUCAUCUCGACUCGCAUCAUCAGUGAGCCUGGAUACGUUCAUCAACGGACUGGUCGUACGAGAGCUUCAUGCGCUUCCUUUGGAUGAUCAAACCAAGGCAUCUGUACUUACUGCUCUUCGGUUUGAGCUAACUCGACCAAAGCGUAGGGCAGAUCUUUUUUAUCGUGUGGUUCGAAAGUCUGGUCUUGAGGGUUCGACACGCUUAUCAUCAAAGGCUGAUGAUGCUUUUGCAUCGGGUUGCAGUAUCUUCUAUGUGACAUACAAAACGGGAUUUGGCACCAUUCGACGUGUGCCUCACCAUUCCCCGGGCUAUAAUGAACCUUCAAACAACCGACCUUCUGGAUCGGUGCCACUUUCGAAACAGACAGUCGUUCGAUGGGAGACCACGCCACACUUUUCACCCGAAGCCGGUAUCAAUUUCGAAUCUCAGAACAAUAUGACUGAUGUACAGAGCUAUCUUUUUUCUAUGCUGAACGUUAAUAUUCUAAAAAGCGUCACAUUUCUUCUCCUGCUGCUGGCAUGUUCAAUAAACAUGUUAGUGCUUUUGGUUCCCUACUAUUACCUGCCCUUGUUACUCGAACUGGGCGGAUCUGAGUGCAGCGUGAAUAAACAGUGGUGUCCAAACGGGUUACCCCAUCACGCGAACCUUCAGCCGAAUUGGCUUCGUCACAUUGUACGGUGGACUGCUGGGGACGAUUCAGCAACAUUUUUCGUCAGUCCGGGCUCCGUACUUCUAACCAUAGGCUUCGCAAAUGUUGUGGGCCGCAUACUUGCAGCUUUGUAUAUGGAACGCGACGAAAACGCCAGAUAUAAGUUAUUCAAGCAAUGCCCUCUUGUGAAAGACCCCCUCUUUUUGAAUAUUCUCUCGCUUCUUUUGUGCGGUCUAUCACUGGCCUGUUUCCCACUCUCCAUUCAUGGGCUCGUUAUGUCCACUCCACAUCAGGAUUACAAUCAGCCUGAGCACGUGCAAGCAUGGUCAACUGAGUUCCGCUUGAUUCUGUUCUACUUCUCUUCGAUCGUGUACGGUGUGGCUAGCGCCAUCGCUCUUUCGCUGCGUAGCGUCAUCUUAGUGGAGCUGUUCGGAAUUCGACGAUUGACCAACGCUUUUGGUUACUUACUAAUCUUCCAAGGUGUAUCUGUCGCUUGUGGGCCUCCUCUUUUCGGCUACUUCUGCGACCCAGCCUGCCAUGGCCAACUCAUCUCUGGUAGCCAUUCCGAAGUGCCUUCAGACAUUAAAUCCUCUCGUUCUUUCGCAUGUGCCAACCGUCUCUGUACAGCAUUCUACAUCUGUGCAGCAUUGUUCCUUCUCACCGGUUUAUUAUUCAUUCCCCUACGUUGGUUCGCGAAUCGGGAACCAUUCGGGUUCUGCUGUCCAUCUGCUUCCGGUGCAGCUGUCCCAUCAUCCUUCUCCCCCAAAGAAUCCAACUUGGAGGAAAAUGCAUCCUCGUGCUUUCCCCCGUUCAAUCCAGAUUUUUCUGCCGGUGACACUCAGGAAACUCAAACAACUGUUUUAGAGAGUCGGACAGAUUCCGGCAAUUGAAGGCAUGGCACCAGUUCGCACUGGACUUAUUUUUGAUGCAUUUCCUUUUAUUAUUCCUGGCUCUCAACAACAUUUAUUAUAUCCAACCAAUUUCUCCUACACAAUAUUCCCUACACUCAUUUGAACCCUUUACACACGCAUACACCCAUGCACCUCUUUAUCCGGUGCCCUCCUCGCUGCCUAUUCGCAAUCAUUGCAUUUAUUCAUUGCAUCGCUUCUCCUCUCUCUUGAUUCACACUCCGCUGUCUUGUUCUUGUCAAAUAGAUCAAGUUCACUAUCUGUGA